AUGUCCACCACCAUGGCGUCCUCGGUGACGCCCUUCUCCAUCGCGGACAUCCUCAUGAAGCGGCAGGAGACGGCGGCGGCCGCGGCCGCGGUGGCCUCGGCCGCGCACCAGCGCCGGAAGUCCUGCUGCUCCUCCGACAACGACGUGCACCUGAUUCGGCGGUCGCCGCUGUCCUCCCCGGGGUCGCCGCCGAACUCGGAGGCCGACGGCGACGUGGACAUCGACGGCGACGGCGACGACGUGGACCUGCUGGACAUGCCGCUGCGCGGCGACUCGCCCUUCGCGUUCCUGGGCGCCAGGGCCGGCGGCGCGCUCCGCAAGAAGCGUUCGCGCGCCGCCUUCUCCCACGCCCAGGUCUUCGAGCUGGAGCGGCGCUUCCACCAGCAGCGGUACCUGUCCGGCCCCGAGCGCGCCGACCUCGCCCACGCCCUCAAGCUCACCGAGACUCAGGUCAAAAUAUGGUUCCAAAACCGGCGCUACAAGACGAAGCGGAAACAGCUGCAGCUGCAGGAGCAGGUGGGGCCCUCCGGCGGCGGCGGCAGCAGCGGCAGCAGCAGCGGCAGCUCCUCUGCCAAGCGCGUGGCCGUGAAGGUGCUCGUCCGCAACGACCAGCCCUCGCUCGGGGCGCUGGGCGCGCUGGGCGCGCUGGCCGGCGCCGAGCACAAGCCGCUCAUGUACCCGCCGCACGGCCUGCCCGCCGGCCUCCCCUUCCCCUACUACUACUACCCCCUGCUGUUGUUACCAAUAAAUGAAUCAAGAGUUGUUGACGCGCUGUGCUUCAAUAUUCCCUCCGCCGCAUUCUGA